AUGUCACUGUGGGGUUUACCAAGAACCAUUUCGGACCAUAUUCCCAUUGUAUUGGGCAUGGAGUUGAAUGAUUGGGGGCCAAGAUCGUUCAAGAUGAUUAAUAGUUGGCUUAAUCAGAAGAAUUGUGUUGAGGUCAUCAAGGACACAUUACAGCUUGAGUUUACACAUAACGAAGAUUUGAGUACAAAACCAAGAAGGGUGAAGGGUGCUCUGCAAAAAUGGAACAAAGAAAGCUAUUGGAAUGUAGACAAUGAAGUUAAAGAAAUGGAGAAGAGGAUUAACGAGUUAGAUAAAAAGGAUAUAUUACAUGUUUGGAUGAUCACGAGAGGGAUGAGAGCUGUAAAAUUAAGAAGUAAAAAGAGGUUAAUUUUAGGUGUAAAUCUAGGGAAGGCAAACGAAACAGGUCCAUUGAAAUUGAGGGCGAAAGUUUUUAAUUUUUUUAGUAAUCAUUUUCAAAGAAGAAGGAAACAGUGGAACACGGUACUUAACCUUCCUUUCAAGCGAGUAUUAGUAGCAGACGUUGAAGAGAUGGAAGCGUCGAUCACAAUUGAAGAAAUUAAAGAUGCAGUAUGGAGCUGUGAUGAGUCCAAGGCACCGGGUCCAGACAGUUUUAAUAUACUGUUUUUUAAGAAAUUAUGGGAAUGGUUAAAAAGCGAUCUUUUGAAGGCAGUGGAGCGUUUUCUCAAAUUUGGUAAAUUGGGAAAGAACGUUAAUACUUCUUUCUUGGCGCUAAUUCGGAAAGUGGAUAGCCCUUCCGAAAUUGAAGAAUAUAGGCUGAUCUCUUUAGAGUCAGAGGCGAGAGGUGGAUUGAUUUUAAAGCUUGACUUCGUAAAGGCCUAUGACUGUGUUUGUUGGGAGUUUCUUGAUUCGAUUCAGCAGUAA